GAGAUUCUGCUCAUCGCAUAGUCAGUGUGGCGUCUGAUCAGGGGUCGAACACAGCUCAUUUCUCCUCCUGUCACACUGGAUCUCCAAGCCUCACGGAUCUCAUGGACGCUUAGGCUCAAUUGACAUCUGAAAUGGAUUUAUUUACAUCUGUCGUUUUGUGUCUCGCGGAUUAUAAGAAGACCGGUUGUGAGCGCGUCCUUUAUUUACGUAAUGUGGUAACUAUUUGCGCAUUACAACUGCGAUAAAAAUAAAUAAAUAAUUAAUUAAAAAUCCUGCUCGAAACGUUGUCGGGGAAAUUUUUUUGCGUCUUGGAGGACUGGGGGACACAACAACAACAAAAAAAGCUUGUAUCUCCAUCUGGCUUUUGUUGCUGAAUGGGAAAAGCAUGGAACGUUACUGUGAUGACCAAUGGAUAAACACACGCCAGCUCUGGGCUUUAUUUCCAUGCAAACCUUGAUGCAUCGUAACCUUCUGGAGCUUAUACUCGGCGACUUGUUCAGCUCACUCUGUUAAUCUCUUCUUUGUGCUUAAAGAAGCCGAAUAAAACAUAUAUCGUCAUAAGACUACAUGUAGGUCUGACUCUUGACAGAGUGGGAGCUAUGCCAUCCUCCAUGGAACUGUUCAUUAAGUGGGCUAUCUGCACUUUCCUGGUUCUUAUCCACAUACCUGGCACUGAUGGCUCAAUAGUGAAUUUCCACAAAACAUGCAUAUGUGCCAGUAACAUUGUGAGCUGCUCCAAAAUGAACUUAACUACUAUUCCACCUGAUCUGCCCAAGUACACAGCAGUGCUUGAUCUGAGCUAUAAUGACAUCACCAGACUUCGUGCAGAAUGGACCACAUACAAGCUCCUGAAACUCCACAACCUUUUACUGAGCCACAAUGGCUUGCAUUUUAUCUCUACUGAAGCUUUUGUUCAUGUUAAGCACUUGCGCUACUUGGACCUGUCCUCCAACCACAUCCGGCAACUGGAUGAGUACAUUUUUGAACAGCUAGAGUGUCUAGAGGUGCUUCUGCUCUACAACAACCAUAUUUCCCAGAUUGACCGCACUGCUUUCACAGGCUUAAGUAAACUACAGAAGCUCUACCUGAGCCAGAACCAGGUGUCCCGCUUCCCACUGGAGCUGGUUAAGAACAAGACGCGACUGGAAAAGCUGAGUUUAUUGGACUUGUCUUCAAAUCGGAUCAAAGUCCUCCCCAUUCAAGACCUGCGGGACCUGCCAGCCUGGCUCAAGAAUGGACUAUACUUCCACAAUAAUACACUUAUCUGUGACUGUGAACUGUACACCCUGAUGGUACAUUGGUAUUUGCGACGUCUAAACUCCGCUGUGGAUUUCAAAGAUGACUAUACCUGCAUAAUGCCAGGGCCUGAUAGGAAAAUCUUGCAUGUUUUUGAGCUAAACAUGCAUAUGAACUGUAGUACAUAUAAUGAAUCAGUGGAGGAAGCCUUUUUGGAGCAGUAUCUCGUUCUCAAGUGUGAUACCCGGCAUCGGGACAUGUCCAAGACGUGGAUGUUACCUGGAAAUGUAGUAGUAUCACCUGGAAACAACCAGACUGCUGAAGUUCUACCAGAUGGCAGCUUGGAAAUCAGUUCAAUAAAACUAGAGGACUCUGGUCAGUACACCUGUUUUGCUGUUAGUGAAUACUUUAAUGAAACCCUGUAUGUGUGGGUGAAGGUGCAUAACUUCACUCUUAAUGGAAACAGCGAGACCCUCAAUACGGCAUACACAACUCUGGUGGGAUGCUUGGCCAGUGUGGUCCUUGUGCUCAUCUACUUGUACUUGACCCCUUGCAGGUGCUUCUGCUGUCCAGGACAAGGGAAGAACAAAAACAAUCAUGAGGACAGUAUUCAUUCAUCUAUGCUCAGCGUCACCCCAACUCAUGAGGAUCUGGCAACCAAAGCAGAGCCCAACAGACAUGUUGCCUUCAUAGAUCCCAAGGACCUGCAGGGCCAGAAUGGGAAAGUGAAUCGCAAUGGGGAAGAGGAACUUGAGGAUGAGGCUAAGCAUGGGAAAGGAAAGAGAAAGAAAUCAGUGGCAGACUCUAUUAGCUCAGUCUUCUCUGACACACCCAUUGUGGUCUGAAUGGAUCCUGUCCAGAUUUGAAACUGGGCAGUCUUCUAUAAUGGAUGCAAAUUGUGUGAGGUUUGUUCAGAGGCAAUGAGUUGUUGAGACGUCUUUGGAAAAAAAGCAACAGUAAUGCAGUUUGCACCCUUCAGCAUGUGGCUAAUUAAAGACACAGUGUUAUAUAGCUUUCCUUUGUGAAUUUGACAUGGACAACUUAGAGAAGCCUUUCCAGCAUUUUAAUCUGUAGCACUUAAGUAUAUACUGUGAAAUGGUCUUGCCAUAUACAGUAAGUGGACUUUUAGCAAUGUGUCACUGAGAAGUGGGGAAGCUCAUAGGGAACAAAGCAAAAUUAAUUUCUCCUGGCAAGCCUUAUUAUUUAGUAAUAUAUAAACCAUAUAAAACAUACAUUAUGAUUCUUAGACUGCUGAGAGUAGAAAGAUUAUACCUUGUGUCCUGUAGCCAUUAGUACUUACAAUAUUUAUUCCUCCCUUCCCCAAAUGCUGACUUGCCAUCAUCAUCACUUUAUAUAUAGAUUUCAGUCAUGAGUCAUUGCUAGAGGAGUGGCAUGCCAUUAGCCACCAUCACGGUGAAUGCUGAACACUGUCAAGUGCAUUUGAAAGGACGUAGCAAAGGUUUGAAUGUACUCAUACAAAAUAUCUCUAAGCUUACCAGUAUGUCAAAAACGUGCAAGAAACGUGUUUUAAUAAAAAAAAGUUAAAUUGGAGAAAGUCCAAUUGCUGCAUUAUGAUAAUAUUUCUAUUGGUUCUUGUUAAUAUAGAGUUAGAUAUAAGGUAAUAGGAGAAGAUAUUAAGGUAAUAGGUAACAUUAAGCCAAAGUUAAUCUUCACUGCAUUGUAAAUCCAUAGACACUUGCAAUAAUGCCACAGGACAACAGCUUAUGCUGAAUUUUAGAACAAAAACAUGCUGGAUUUUAGGACAAAAUGCUAAGACUUCUGUUAGAUAGAUGUCGUCUUUUAGCAUCCUGUUCGAGUUUGGUUAUUGAAAGUUUGGGUAGUUGUAGCACCAAAAAUUAGAACUGACAUGACAGCUGCCAUUAUCCCCAAGGAUCACUGAAAAUUGAUGCCAGGCGCACAAUAGCAUUUCUUGUAAUCCCCAGCUUUAGAGUAAAUUAAAUCAGCAUGUUGUGUGCACAGCAAAUGUAUACCUUAAACAAUGACUCGUAAUCGCAUUAUGACUGCCAUUCUCUGUCAGGAAAUAUGGCCUAUUAUUUGCACAAUGCCAUUUGCAUGAGGUUGUCUGUCAUGACAACCAGAGAGAGAGAGAGAGACAUUUCCUGAAUGCUAAUAACCUCUUAAAAUAGAAUAAGGUAUCUCACCGGCUUUUCUCUAGUACACCAGGACAGUCCAUAAUGCAAACACAAAAACUGUUUUUCAAUCAUCUUUGAUUCUCAAACCAUUUCAAGUUCAGGGUUAUUUGCAUAUUUUGUCAGCUUUAGUCAUUUGCUGAGUCACCUAUUGUCAAAAUGUUGUCCAAGAGAUUGGUCUCAUCAUUAACUACACCUGAAACCCUCAAAAGAUGCUUGUAAGAAGCUUUUUGAGAAAAAGGAGAAA